CUGUGCGGAGUGGCGGCAGCGAUGUGGUCCGGUGGCGCGUGGCGCGCCGCGCUCUCUCGGGUCCCCUGCGGCCGCCGCGCGCAGUCGGCGCAGGCCCGGCUGCGGGACAUCCUGGAGAGGGAGCUGGAGGGGAUCCGCGACGCUGGCACCUGGAAGAGUGAGCGGGUCAUCACUUCGCGCCAGGGGCCGCACAUCCAUGUGGACGGCGUCUCCGGAGGGCCUGGCACGCAACUCUGUGGAGGCCCUUGCCAUGCCACAGCUGCCAUGUGCCUCUCUUCUUCAUUCCCAGGAAUCUUGAACUUCUGCGCCAACAAUUAUUUGGGCCUGAGCAGCCACCCCCAGGUGAUCGAGGCGGGUCAGCAGGCUCUGGAGGAGUUUGGAGCUGGCCUUAGCUCCGUCCGCUUCAUCUGUGGCACACAGAGCAUCCACAAGGACCUGGAAGCCAAGCUAGCCCGCUUCCACCGGCGGGAGGACACCAUCCUCUACCCCAGUUGUUUUGAUGCCAACGCCGGCCUCUUUGAGGCCCUGCUGACCCCGGAGGAUGCAGUCCUGUCAGAUGAGCUGAACCAUGCCUCCAUCAUUGAUGGCAUCCGACUGUGCAAGGCCCACAAGUAUCGCUACCGCCACCUGGACAUGGCCGACCUAGAAGCGAAGCUGCAAGAGGCCCAGAAGCAUCGGCUCCGCCUGGUAGCCACCGAUGGGGCCUUCUCUAUGGACGGCGAUAUCGCGCCCCUGCAGGACAUCUGCCGCCUCGCCUCUCAGUACGGUGCUCUCGUCUUUGUGGAUGAGUGCCACGCCACGGGCUUCCUGGGGCCCACGGGACGGGGCACAGAUGAGCUGCUGGGCGUGAUGGACCAAGUCACCAUCAUCAACUCCACCCUGGGGAAGGCACUGGGUGGAGCAUCAGGGGGCUAUACCACGGGGCCUGCGCCACUGGUGGCCCUGCUGCGUCAGCGUUCCCGGCCAUACCUCUUCUCCAACAGUCUGCCUCCUGCUGUCGUCGCCUGCGCCUCCAAGGCCCUGGACCUGCUCAUGGAGAACAAUGCCAUCGUCCAGUCUAUAGCUGCCAAGACCCAGCGGUUCCGCAGCAAGAUGGAGGCAGCUGGAUUUACCAUCUCAGGCGUCGCUCACCCCAUCUGCCCUGUGAUGCUGGGGGAUGCCCGGCUAGCGUCCCGCAUUGCCGACGACAUGUUAAAGAGAGGAAUCUUUGUCAUCGGGUUCAGCUACCCUGUGGUCCCCAAGGGGAAGGCCCGGAUCCGGGUGCAGAUCUCAGCAGUGCACAGCGAAGAGGACAUUGACCGCUGCGUGGAGGCCUUCCUGGAGGUGGGACGGCUGCACAGGGCGUUGCCCUGAGCCCUGAGUCCCAAUCCCAGGACCAGAAUGGUCUGAAGCUGGUGCGAGUGUGAAGCAACAGUGUGAAAAUGAUGAUG